AUGCCACCACCGCAGGCCCACCUGUCACCGCGCGGCCACGGAGGCUCGCUGGAUCGUGGUUGGAAGUCGCCCGCCGCGCAUAGCGUACUGCUGCGUCGCGACUCCAAAAAACUGCCUACCUUCCACUGGUGCUCGGAGAGCACGAAGAAGAAAAAGACGUCUUGGGCUACCGCAGUGUGGCUGACUGAUCCGUUGCCCGACGCCCCAACUCGCCUUAUGGUAAACGCAUCGCCCAAGGCAGUGGGUGCAAUACUACAGCAGCACGAUGGCACAGACUGGAGGCCACUGGGUUUCUUCUCAAAGCGCCUGUCAUUACAACAAGUGCUGGAGGGCGGGGUCACUGCCUCAGCAGUGGAAGGCUGGCAAGACCAUCCUCAUCCCCAAACCAGGUGGCAGGAUUACCUGGAGGAGUCGGGACUAUACCCCACCACGAUCAUCGGGUUACGGCGUUCCCUCGGCACCCAAGACGCGAUGAUUCUGUUGAAGAAGGAUUUAAUUGACGAUGACACCCUAACGAAAGACAACAAAGGCAUUCUGGGGCUGGACCUGCAGAGCGCCUUCGACAAGAUCUCGAACCCCAUAGGUGCCUUCUUCAGUUUAACAAAAUGCUCCUCCAGUGGCACAUCAAUGCAGGUGGCCCGGAGGAGAACCAUCAGCACGAAAGGACAGCACGUCGAAGCGAAUGAGAAAGCUCAAGCAAAGACCAUGCACCGCGGCAAGGUGAUCAUGCUGGUGGUCGUCCCAGCGCUGGCCCUCUUGAUAGCCGCGGUCGGGGCUUUCAUCUACAUGAUCACCCUGGAAAAGCCCGGAAAGCGCGUGGACACGUGCAGGAGCGAUGACUGCGCUGCCUUUGGCCAAGAGCUAAGCGCGGCCGUCAACUGGUCGGUCGACCCGUGCCAAGACUUCCACGCGUUCGUGUGCGGCGGAUGGAGCGACCCCAAGCGACGAGAGACGACCGAGUCGCGUAUGGUGGCUGCCGCCUUGGAUCUGGCGAUCGGGGAAGCUAAAGCCGACCUGACGUAUCGCAGCAAGGCGACGCAGUUCUUCGAGAGUUGCACCAUGGCCGGUAAGUGGGCUCAAGAGAACCUGAAAGAAUUCGCGGAUCUCCGGCACUCCUUGGGCCUGCCCUGGCCCGAGCAUAAGCCCAGCGGCGCAACGCACCCGCUCGACAUCAUGGUGAACCUGGCGCUGAACUGGGAAAUGAACUUCCUUUUCGACCUCGGCACCGUUACCGUAAGGAAUUCUACCGCGCUGCUCGUCUCCCGCGGUCGCCUGGAUGCCGUGUGGGAGGAGAAGUUCCGCAGUGUCAGGACGGUCAAAGCGUACGAGGAUUACGUGAACGGUUACUACAAAGUCCUCAACACCAACGGUGCGCAAUCUGGCGUGGGAGCAGCUGACCUCCUCGACAUCGAGACGGCCUUUGUCAACGCGAAGCUCGAGUUCCUAUACGACACUCCUCGGCAAGAAUGGUUCGAAGUCGCCGCCCUGGACUACAAGACGCCGUCUGUUCCGGUGGGCUCGUGGCUCGCUCUUCUGAGGAAGCACGACUGGCAGUUCGUAUGGACCGGCGGGGACACCGCGAUUGUCGAGGAUUGCAAAAUAUUGGAGAGCGUCGACAGGCUGCUGAAGGACAUGAACCACGACAAGCUGAUCAUCGGGCUCUCGUGGUUGUUCAUUCAGACGCACCUCUGGGCUGUUAAUGGGGAUCCUUCACUAAGAUUCGGCGGCAUCUACAAGAACCUGACACAGAUGAAGGAGCGCGGCUGCAUGGAAUACGUCGAAUCUCGUCUAGGGCUGCUCGGCUGGGCGACGACGCUAACCGAGCGCUUCGGCACGAAGGAGAACCGACUGCACAUCGCCAGUUUCCUGCAGCGAAUCAACGGGCAAACGAAGAACCUAGUAAACAAGCUCAGCUGGAUGGACCACGAUAGCAAACAGAUGAUCUUCUCGAAGCUGGACAAGAUGACCCGCACCAUACUGCCAGGGGACAGCUUCUUUGACGCUAAGAAACGCGAUAGGCUGUACGCCAUCUUUCCUGAAAUGCGCGGCAAGACCUUCAUGACGAAUCUAGUCAAGACGUCCGAGAUCUAUCGGGCGCUACGCAACCACAAAUACUUCGAGGACGUGUACAGCGUUCGCAUGUUUCCCCGGUUUGGUCGCGAGCGUUACCUCUACAUGCCAGACUUGAUGAUGCUCGCGUUACUGAACCUGAGCCCGCCGAUGUACUACAAGGAGGCGACGCUGGCGAUGAAAUACGGUGGCCUAGGCUCCUUCGCGGCUCGACAGAUGGCGAGGACAUUCGACGAUAUCGGCGUAAAGGUGGACGACUUAGGCAAGCACCGACUGUGGCUCGGAGCAGAGGCGGCAGCAACGCACGAGAUUAAGGCCAACUGCAAAGUCCACUCCGGCUCGGACAGCUCGCUGUGGCGCCCGAUGCGCGCGCUGCCCGUCAUGCCCGGGCUGGAGAUUGCUUACGAGGGCUUCUCGGCGGCCGUGGCAGUUGACUUUCGAGCUCUGGACGACUUCAAGGUGCUUCAUCUGGAAGCGUUCACAGACUUCCAGAUCUUUUUCCUGGCGCACUGUUACGCAGUGUGCGCAAAGCGGCCGCAGACCAUGGGCGAUGACUGCAACGUUCCGGCCAAGAACUCGCCCGUUUUCGCAGAAGUGUUCCAUUGUCCCGCGAACGCGCCCAUGAAUCCGCCAGAGAAAUGCACUUUUUUUUACUAG